CCGUCGCUACACGAACGUCGACGUCAACUGAACCAGAGAAAGUGGGGGCCGUCGACCCUGCAAAAACAACCUCGCGCCUCUAGUAGGUAUUUCGAUACGAUCCGAUCAGGAUCAGUCGCGAGACACGUGGAAUCCGGUAUCUUUUGCCAUUCAUUGCGGCCUUCACAGUAGUGUGUGUAUGUGUCACGUGCACUUUGUGAUCUUUAAUUCAAAAAAAAAAAAAAUGAUUCACAUAACCUUUCCUUAAUGACUUAAUUUUAAUUUUUUCAAGUGAUUUUCCUCCUGCAACAGGAUGUAUGACUGCAUUCGAAGAUCUCCUUCAAAGGAGGCCAAGUGCCACCCAAAGUUCAUCCACCUAGUGACCUAAACUUUCAGGGUGGUAUUCCCUCUUUGAAUCAGCCGGCGCGUCUCCUAGGGGGUCUUAGUGUGUUUGUUCUAAUCGUGCUACAUUGUUUAGGAAGCCUUUGAUCCUUUAGCUUUAAAUAAGAUCAAUCAGACGAAUUUGUCCUACAAAGAGUGUUAAAUUACAAAAGUUUAAUUGUGUAGUUUUUUUUUUUCAAAGUGUGAAUACAUUAAUGGAAUUGCAUGGCCAAUUAAAUCAAACGAAAUAAAAUGCUGCUUAUUUCACCUAUCAUGUCUCGUAAAAAAUAAGCCACCUACUGCAGAGCUGUAAUCGUGAACGCUGGAAUUUAUCUAAUACUGUGAAAUUGUAGAUAUUGGACAGCUAAAAGCAGGACUUGGAUAAACUCAUCAAUUGAGUCCAAGAGAUCAAAAGGGAGACUUCUUCCCUUGUGACAUAUAUCAGUGAUUUUCGUUGGCAGUGUAUAUAGGUUUAUUAGAAUGAGGUUGUGUGGGUUACCAGUGCUCAUAAGUGAAUCAUUAGCAUAACGAAGUUACAAAGUGAUCCGUUAUAGUAGGGGAACACAGGUGGCUCGGUAAGGGAAAGUUCACCGUUUGAGUUUCCCAACAAGUAACAAGGAGAUAGUAUACAUAUAUAUAUAUAUAGAGUAGAUGGUGUCAUCGUUUCGCGAAUGGUGCUAAUGUGAGAGUAAAGGAAAAGGAGUAUAAGUUCGGGAGGGGUGGCUCAGGGCGCGGUAUGGUGGUUGCCUACAAAUGCUGCCAUGCUCGAGCGAUGCCAGCCGGCGGCCUGGACGUGGCCCCCGCUGGACCAGAGAAUCCUGAGGAUGCGUUGCAACAGUCUUGUCUACUCUCUUGGCAAGAUAGGCUUUCUAUUACUUGCCACCAUUAUAUCCAGUACCCAUACAACCAGAUACGCAUCCAGAAUUGUCGAGACCAGAAGUGGACAAAUUCGAGGAGUUCUACAAGAACUGAACAGCCAAUAUUUGGAUCCAGUGGAGGUCUUUCGUGGAAUACCGUACGCUGCGCCACCUGCGGGAACCUUACGAAUGAAACCACCAAUGCCACCAAUACCUUGGGCGGGAAUAAAACUUGCCGACACUUUUGGAGCUGUUUGUCCACAAAAAUUGCCAGACAUCAGCAAUAUGUCAAUAGCACUAACUCAUAUGCCAAAAAGUCGAUAUACCCAAUUGCAACGAUUUUACACACUUCUGACCAAUCAGAGCGAAGACUGUCUAUUCUUAAAUCUCUACAUUCCUGGAAGUGGAUCACGAGGAGUGGAUGCACCCUAUGCAGUCAUAAUGUACGUUCACGGUGAAAGCUUUGAAUGGGGAUCCGGCAACUUUUAUGACGGAUCCGUUCUUGCUAGUGCUGGUCACGUUAUUGUGAUCACUCUUAAUUAUCGCCUUGGAAUAUUAGGUUUCUUGCGAACUGCCUCCUAUCCUGAUGUGGUUUCAAGUUCUGGAGGUAAUUUAGCACUCAGGGACAUAGCAAUGGGACUUCGUUGGGUUCGGGAUAACAUUGCUGCCUUCGGUGGUGACCCCACGAGAAUCACGUUAAUAGGUCACGACACGGGAGCCGCUCUAGCAAAUUACCUACUACUUGCACCCUUUGGGAAAGGUCUUUUUCAUCGAAUCGUCUUACUCAGCGGAUCCGCCCUUAGUCCAUGGGCUUCAAUUCACAACCCUAACGAUUUGCAUAUUAAAAUUUCCCAGCAAUUGAAUUGUACCAGUGAAGAUGAUGAUAUUGCAGAUUGUAUUCGAGAAGCGGAUCUUACAACGUUGCUCAAUCUAGAGCUUCCUGAAAUUAGGUUUGUGCCUCAAAUAGGUCCUAUUAUACCUAUUGAUCAAAGUAAUCCAGACCCUGGACUUGAUAUGGAACGUGCAAGCGAUGCUUUCAUUGAAGUUCCACUGAUGUUGGGAGUCUCAACAGCUGAGUCCUACUUGGAUUUUAACACCGAAGACAUUCAAUAUGGUUUCGAGGAAGAUCAGCGCAAUCGGAUCCUGCGCACUUUCAUCAGGAACACUUACUACUAUCAUCUCAAUGAGAUCUUUUCAUCGGUGAAAAACGAGUACACUGAUUGGGACAAGCCAAUCUUGCACCCCAUCAAUAUUAGAGACUCAACUAUGGAGGCAUUGAGCGAUGGACAUACAGUGGCACCACUGAUGAGGAUCGCAUUCUAUCAUGCAAGAAGAGGGGCCAAAACUUACUUUUUUCAUUUUAAUUAUCAGACAAAGGAUAGUGAUUAUCCUCAGCGGCUUGGAAGUGCCCGAGGCGAAGACAUACCGUACAUUUUUGGACUCCCUUUGGUUUCCGGCGGUCGAUUCUUUCCUCACAAUUACACCAAGCAAGAUCAAAGUGUUGGUGAAGCCAUGCUAACAUUCAUCACAAAUUUUGCCAAGACCUCGAAUCCCAACUUACCUCACAAUAUCGAAUCGGUCGACUACGGAAAUGCCAGAGAGAAAACACGAUUUCGAGGUCUUCUUUGGGAAGAAUACGAUACCAAUAACCAACAAUAUCUAAUGAUAGCUCAAAAGCCAAAGAUGAAGAGCCAUUAUCGGGGUCACAAAAUGGCAUUAUGGCUGAAUCUAAUUCCGCAACUCCAUCAACCCGGAGAUGAAGAUGUAUCAAUGCGUCAUCAUCAUUUUCGCGAGAAAGGAGAUCAGUACUAUGCAGGUGCAGUUCGUGACGAAUGGUAUAUUCCACCUCCACUACCAGAAACUAGCAAAUCAGUGACGUAUCCAACAAUUCUUUGCUCUUCGUCAUUAGAAGAUCUCGUCACUGAUGAUCCAUCGGAUGUUCUUGAUGACAAUGAAGACGACGCCGAACUUCUUCAACGACUUGCCUCUCGUCAUUAUUACAGUACCACAACUGCACUUGCAAUCACCGUUGGUGUUGGUUGUAUUCUCCUUGUUCUCAAUAUGUUGAUUUUCGCUGGAAUUUAUUAUCAACGUGAUCGUGACAAGAAACGUGCCGCAAUGCAUUGUUGUCCAAAUAAUCAAGAGGCUGUUCCAAUGAGUUCACGUGGUGAAACAAGUCGUGAAGAGCCAAAAACAGGUCCAGAACCACCUCCACUAUAUACAACUUUAACUCGUAGUUCAUCGUCGGGAAUUCCUAAGGAGCAACGUUCGCCAUCCGAUCCCGAACGACCUGGAUCAAAAACAGGUCAAAAAGAUUUGACACCACCUAAACCACCUGCCAGGACAACAAGUUCCCUGAGUUCGACAAGCGGUACAAUUAAGAAACGCGUUCAAAUUCAGGAGAUAUCCGUAUAGCAUUAGGGGUUGCCCCCAGAGGGCAACAACACUCGAUCGAAACACGUCACUUUUGUAGAUGAAGAGGCAGUAAUAGAGUCCCGAUUUUAAAAUGGUUUUUUUUUGGAAAGAAUUAUAGUCAAGGGAAAAUUUCAUCUGGAAUAAAAGUCCCGAUUAAGAUGUGAUGAGAAAUAAAAUUUGGAUUAGGAUUGAUUUUUUACGUUUCUUUAGGAUCUGCAACUCAAGUGAAAAUUUUUAUUUCUUAACUAUACAAUUAACAAAAUGAACCACACUAAAACAUUCUAUGAAAUUUGUUCUCAAUUUCGGAUCUAAAAAUCACCAGUAUUGAUUUCUAAAUUGGGGAAACUUCGCUCUCGACUUUUACUUUGUCGAAAUCUGCGAGAUUACUGAAUUGACUAAACAAACUGAAUUAACUAACUAACCGACUAAUGAAUAAAAUAAAAAUUUCGUUGAGCAAAAGAUUCAGAAGAAACGUUAAACAUUUGAGCGGACUGGAUCCACUGGUUAAAAUUUCAAACUGAUUUCGAGAAAUUAUUUCAGAAAUUGUAGGAAAACAAUCCGAAAUUAAUCUGGACUAAAAUAUAUUCAUCCAAUUACAUCAGUGGGUUGAUUUCUAUUGUCUCCAUUCAACAAAGUUCCCACUCGCAAUUUAUUAUAAUUCUCGUCAACUACCGCACCCUGCUCUAGUAAAAAUAUAGUAACUUUUAAUUUUAACAAUAAAAUCACUAAAGUUUCACUAGAGCAGGGUUCGAUAGUUGACGAGAAUUAUGACAAAUGGCCACUGGGAACUUUGGCGAGUGGGGACAAUGGAAACUAACCAAUGCUGUUCUUCCGGUUUCGACGGCAUUUCGAAAAGUCAUGACACUUCUAUAAUAAUUUUAUUAGUUUCUGGUAUAUUAAUAAUGUAGACUGGUUUCCAUUGUCCUCACUCGCCAUUUAUCAUAAUUCUCGUCAACUACCGCACCCUGCUCUAGUGAAAAUUUAGUACCUUUAUUGUUAAAAUUAAAAGUUACUAAAUUUUUACUCUAGCAGGGUGCGGUAGUUGACGAGA